AGUUUGCGCCAAUUAAAAGUCGAGCAGCCAUGGAAGAAAGCGUGGAAAGUGUUGCGACUACCACCGCCGGCGGCGGCGGAAUCGAGGAGAAGGAAGCGGUGGUGCGGGUGGUGGGCAAGUGGAAGGGCAAAAUGAGCAAGUUUCGCAUCAGCUACAGUGCACUGGAAACGUACGACGGGACGACACCGAGCGCUGGUGGCGGAGGCGGAAACUGUGGCAGCAGCUAUGGCGGAGGUCCCAACGGAUCCCGGCGGGGGUCCAAGUUUUUCCAGAGGCCACGCUCGAUGUCCGCCUGGAGCGACAUCAGUCGCAGUAGCAUGCGGUUGGAUGAGAGGUAA